AAAGCUUUCCAUCUGCUUCCUCCCAUUCUUCAGCAGGAAGCGCUGUUAUAAUGAGAAGGCUGCCGCGCUCCCACCUCUCCCUCCUCCGGGCUGGGCACUGCUGGCUGCCACUGCUCGCGGAGUCCUGCUGCACCGCGCUGGACAGAGGGAUGGCUCUGCGCGUCUUCGUCCUCCUGUGGAUAUUCCUCUCCCACGGCGCGAAAGGUCAACCCUCCAGUCUUGAGGGUCCAGUGGAUGCAGGAAGCUCCAGUAGUAACAUUUCCAGAGCAGUGACAACACAGACAACACGCGGGCGUCCUGUGGCCUCAACACCAGAAAUGAUCUCAUUGCACCCAUCAACACCUGGGAAUCUGUCUGUUACCUCAACAUCUGCGUCAACAUCUGGGAAUCUGUCUGUGACCACAACAUCAACUUCAACAUCUGGAAAUCGGUCUGUGACCUCAACAUCUGCUUCAACAUCUGGAAAUCUGUCAGUGAUGUCAACAUCAGCGUCAACACCUGGUAAUACAUCUGUGACUUUUGCACCUGCACUAACUCAAGGUCGGGGCAGUGGAACCUCAGGACCUGUAGCAACACCUACAGUGAGAGAAGCCAGCCCACACACAUCGAACGCCAAAAUUCCAGGAAAUUCCAGGAGUGAAGCAACAACAUCAAUGGGUUCGUUAUCUCCAAGAAGCACUUCAGCUGCAGGGGUGGCAAAACCUACAUUAAACAGAGCCACUUCAGCGGGAGGAGAUUUAACAGGAAUCUCUGGACUUACCACUUUCCCGAUGAUGUUUGGGAGUGAAACACCCAGAGGGCAGGAUUCCACAUCUGCAGUGAAGGAGCCCUCAAGCAGCCUGUCCAUGCUGGCCUUUGGAGUGAUGAGCUUCAUCCUCAUCCUCAUCAUCGUCAUGGUGGUAUUAGUCACUGCUGUCAAUCUGCGUGGGAGGUGCAGGGGCUCCAGGGACGAAGGCAAGAAGAGUGGAGACUCAGUCGUGUCUGAGAGCAACAUUACAGUCAAUGGGGAGAAAGAGAGCAUCACACUGGUCUCCAUGAAGACAAUAAACACGGAGACAGACACCGACUCUCCACGGAUCUCCUCCAUUCACAGCACAGCCCUGGAGAACGGCCCUGAUGGAGAACCCGGCUCUGAUGUGCACAAUAGCAAGAUGGUGUAAAAGAGCAGAUCAGCACUUUGGGAGCAGACUGGAUAUUUAAGCUACAUGAAGGAAAAAAUAUUCUUCUCAUUUGUUUGUCUGUUUGUUUGUUUGUCGGUUUGUUUUGCACUUAGCGAGUGUUGUGGUGCAGGAGGCUCUUGUGCGAGAUGGCACUUUGUGAAAGUGAACUGUGUCCUCACUGUGGAGUGACUCCAUGCGGACUCAGGCUGUAGCUGCUGCUUCUGCUCUUGUUAGGGGCUGAAGCUGAGGCUUUCCCUCUUCCAGAGCUGCAGUCCUGGGGCCACAGUGUCUCUGCAAAGUGGUUCCACUCUGCUGUUGAUGAGCAGGUCCAGCUGAUCAUUAGCUACACUGGGCAACACUUUCAUCUUCAGCUGUUUUUUUCCAUGAAGUCUUGUUUGAACAGACCUAAAACCUGCUGGAUUGUGGCCCUGCAGGACUGGAGUGGGCACCUGUGUACAGGGGCAGCCGUUCCCAAUCCUGAUCCUGGUUUUCCUUCCCCCUGGGCUCUCAGCCAUAUAAUUGAACUCUCAAGGUUAAUGACAACUCUGUUGAUUCCUACACAUGGCUUCCAACUAUUGUAAUGUCUGAGUAACGUAAGAUCUUCAGGUUUAUGAUCAGAAAAAAAAACUUGUCACUUGGAUUGCAGUCAAGGAAAUUGUUCAAUCAAAAAUGUUAUCGAUCGAUGUAAAGAGCUCAGCUGGAAUGCGACCCAGUGAGUGUGGGGAUCCCCGGGCCGGGCUGGGGAGCCCCUGCACUAGAGCACAUAGCUCUGCAGGCAAGCUUUAGCAAUGGGCUGCAGUCUCUGCUGUCACUGCUCUGCACCCCGCCUGCAGGUGAGCUGCACAGACACCGAGCUCUUGAGCACCUCAUUCAACAAAUUACCGGCCUAAUUGGGUCAAUUGAUCAGAUUCCCCUCCUGGGUGUGUUGGUGUUAGUGAUUUAGGAAGCAAUUAACUGCCUGUCUUUGCAGCCCUGAGCUGGGCUUUGCCCUUGGCCUUAGGGAAGACACGACAAGGCCAGGAGAACAGCGUGCCCUGUGCUUCCAGAGCUCGUGAGGUCAUGUCCUGGGGAGUAAGUGGGAGUGAUUUAGACACCAAGAGGAUUCUCGCUGUCAGUGCGACACAGGAGCAGUAUGUGAUCGUCCAAGGGCACCGCUCUGUGAGUGACGUGCCUUAAAGAUCGCCCUGAAAAAGACACGUUCACUGGAAUUAAAAUUGUUCAGAUUCCUUAAAAGAAUGAUAAAAAAGCGUACAAGCAAAAUGGGAUGUGCAAACAAACAAGUAGUCAUUAAUGAUUUUUCAAAUUUUAUUUGGGGGCUAAUAGGGUGAGCAUCAGCUCUUCCUGGAUUGUGAGUGUCUUUGCUUCUCUGUCCAGCUCUUCAUCUCUUUUCAGUAAACACAGACCGUGACACUGCUGAUUGCUUCCUCAGUAUACAGGCUGCUGUCUUCACUUACGCCACUCAAAAGUCUCAGAGCAAAACUCAAAUUCUGCCCAUGAUACCCAAAUUCUUUCCUCAAAGGCCUGGACAAAACCCAGCACAGACAACACAGAAAGAGACAGAACUGCUGCAAGUAAUAGUAUUCCAAUUAAAGUGCCAGAUAAUGUAGAUAUGCAAAUCUACUAGGUAGACAUUGUGUUAUAGUCAGUCCUAACAGAAUUAUGUAAAGCUCUCUCAUUGCAGAAAUUGUUGACGAGACAGUCACAUGUUACUCUGUCUGACAAAAAAAAAGUACAUAUCACACAUUUUCAAAUGUCCACAAUACAAAAUAUUGUGCCUUUGUAUAUUCAGGCUGUUUUAUUUGUCAAGCUAUUACUGAUAAAAUCAACCCUCAAACUGAACAGGUACAUUGCACAAUCGCUGCAAGUUUUGUUCUGUUGGCAAACAGGUCUGUCUGAUGGGCCAGACAGUCAUGAGCGGCUUGGAAAGUUAAAGUCCUGUUAAUCCCAUCUCCUCAUCUGGGCAAAGUCUGAAGCAGAACAAGGAAGUAAUGAGAUGGGAAAAUUUUAAAUGUAUUUAUUCAUUUGGAAUUGGCUGGUUGCAUGUCAGCUGAGCUCAGCACUGCAGGCUCCUUGCAACAGAGUGGUUUGUGUUAGGUACAGUACAGAAAAGACACAAUGUCUAACUAUUCAACACAAGAACACUAUUCAACACUGCCAAGUGAUGUUUGUUGCCACCUGAUACUUUCAAGAUUGGUGCAAAUGUAUAAUCGACACCCUGUCGAAACUAACGGAUACAGCAAAUGGUGAAAACUGGGAAUGCAAAGAACAUAACACCUGACAAUCAGGAGAGCGCAAACCCUCCUCCUAGCUGCCAGCAUAUCCAAGCUGAUCCCUGCUGGAGAGCUAGCACUCACCCGAGGAGGGACGCCGGAGCAGCCGAGACUUCCGGUGUGAACGGGGAAUUCCAGGGGUCCAGACUGUGGAGCUGUCUGCUGCUCUCUGAAGGAGCACGCCGGACAGGCCUGGGAAGAGUACAACUGUUACUGUUACAGUUUGCCAUUGGAAAAUGUUGAGAUUUUGCUUCAGUUCAGUGCUUUACACGCAUCUGUGGUACUUGUCCAACAUGUUUUUUUUCUGCCGAUAUAAACCCGGAACACAAGCAGAGCAGAGGCCGGCAGUCUUAUCCUCCCUGUGUCAGACCCAGAUCUAGCGUCUCUCACCCCACCCUGAGCGAACACUUAGCAGACUGGCUAUGAGCCUGAAUUCCUGGACUGUGGAUUUCGCCUGGGUGUUUAAUCCCUGUUUCAGCCAAAGAUCAAAGACGGACAACAGAUGUAAACGCUCAGGGAUACAGAAACUCUUUUCUUACAUUAAGAUUCCUGAUUUAACACCAUUGGGAUUUCUGGUUCAAUGUUAACCUUUGAUGUGAGCUUCCCUGCUGCCAGUGACAUUUGACUUUAUUUUAAAAUUAACUAUAAUUUUGAUUUGGACGAGUUCAGAAACACCGAGGCAUGCUUACUUUAAUUUCUGCAUCUGCAGUCUUUAAAGGUCUUUUCUAGGUCUAAACCUGAUCAACGAUACAGGUCUGAUAAGUCUGCUUGCUGUGUUAUUGACCUCUGAUCUGAUAGGGCUGGUUAGGAAUGUUUCUGCAACCUGCUCUUGUACUCUUAGCUGUGCUAGAAUUGUGUCAAUGUACUCUACUGUAUUGAUAACGGCUGUUCAGAAUAUGUCUCUCAUUCUGCUAAUUUAUUUUUAUCCCUCUUCCUCACAAACUUGGGUUUAUUUUUCCUAAGUUGCAAUAGCCUCAGACGAAGGGGUUUUUGAAAAGAGCUGAUGUAACCCCAUAGCGAACCGGUUCUCUACAAAGGGGCUUUGUUGCUGCUGUUACAGUAAAGUUCCAGCAUUUAUGUACUGAACUAAAACAAUCAUUAAGACUGUGCUUUUAAUUUUAAAGCUAAUUAAAAAAGCUACACAAUGAAACUCCUGUGGCAAAAGGAGACUUCUAAUAACUGAAGAAUAUCUUGGAAGAAUGUUAAUAUCUCUUUAGCACUGCAAGUUCUCAAAGAACCAGUAACUGGUGGGCAAAUGUGUCACAUUAGCUUUUAGAUUUUUAUUUUAGUGCUAUUUCUGCAGAUAUAAAUACUGUAUAUAUCUUUUGAACAUGUUCCUGAAAGGUGCUUGUUAUGAAAAUGCUCAGAGGACCAGGUGAAGUUCCUUCAUUAAACCUGCAUUUGUCACUUAUG